AUGGUGUUCUACUUCACGUCCUCCGAGGGCCACACCAUUUACAUGGGCAAGGACAAGUUCGAGAAUGAAGACCUCAUUCGCUAUGGCUUCAUGGAGGACAUCUGGUUCCACGUGGAUGACUUGUCCUCUGCUCACGUCUACCUUCGGCUCCCACUGGGGAAAACGAAGGUGGACGACGUCUCGGCGACUUGUCUGGAAGAAUGCGCUCAGCUGGUCAAGGAAAACUCGAUCGAAGGGAGCAAGAAGAAAAGCGUCUCCGUUUGCUACACGAGAUGGAGAAAUCUGAAGAAAACGCCUUCGAUGGAGGUUGGCCAAGUUGGCUUCCACCAUCCCGAGCGAGUUCGACACUACAAGGUUGAAGAGAAGAACAAGGACAUCAUCAAGAUGCUCAACAAGACGAAGCAAGAGUUUCAUCCCGACCUGGAAGAGGAGCGCCGCCAGCGUGAGUUGCUGUACAAGAGUGAACGCAAGAAGCAGCGCUUGCAGCUGGAGGCGGAGCAACGCAAGGCGAAGCUGGAGUACAAGCAGCAAAAGGAGCUGCGCAGCUACUCCUCUCUGCUGUCCAGGAACAACAUCGAGGCCGGCGACAAACUAGAGGCAGCCGCGGACCUCAGCAGCGUCAACGUCUACGAGGACGACUUCAUGUGA